UCUCGUGUGACUCGCGUAGACAAACCUCGCGUGUUGUUCUAAUCAACGUUCGCAGUGACUCACGGGAAACCUAGUCUUCUAAUGGCGGCGAGAAGAGGCAAAUGGAAAGCCUUAAUUCACGACAACAACAUCUAGACCCAGGAAGACAAAGCUCCUUUCAAAGUCUCGCCUUAAACAAUGUGAGAAGCGCUUCGAGAGCGAGUGCUAGCUUCAGCGUAACUUCGCCGUUUGGGAACUAUCCGGAACCAACCAGCGUAAAUUAUCGAGCAACAAUGGUUUCGACAACUUCCACCCCGACUCCGUCAACACAAAUGUCACCGUUUUAUCUGUUACGGGAAGAUACUCGUGAGUUAACGAAUUUAUUUUUUCAUUUGUGGCUGUGUCUUUCCUGACGCUUAUUUACCGAUCUUUCAGCUCGUUUUUUUUUCUUUUGCAGUGACUCCUUCAGAAGCAAAUAGCAACCUUUUGGUAAAACAUGGCUUUGACCAGACGUAUCAGAAGAGCAAAAAAGUCAAAGAAGGAUUGAGUUCGUUUUUACCGCAUUUGCCUGGUAAGGCUUCCUAUUGUAUAAUACAACUGUACGUGCAAAUGUAUCAUUAAUUAUUUCGAGUGAUUUUAAACCAAAACCUUGCUAAUUUGAAAUGGCACAUUACUGAAAACACGCCAACGUAUUUACCAUUUGCGUAUCGAUAAGCAACAUGUUUGAGAGGUAUACUUCAUGAAACUGACAAUUCCGAGAUCCGUAAUAUAGUUCAAGAAUCGCGAAAGAAUUUUAACAGGGAGGAAAAUAUGAACUCUUACUUUUUAAAAUGAAUGUAGAGACGGAAAAAAUGUUAUAAUCAAAUAGUCCACGCAGACAAGAUUCUUAAACAGAUGAUCUUGUUUUCAAAAUAUCUGACAAUAUUCCUGUUCGAUCAUAUUUGACCCUAUGUCACACUCCCCUUUCUGCAGACAGCACCACUGGAAGUAAAAGAGUACAGACAAUUGAGCACUCGGAAUGUAUUCUUCUAUAGGCACUAGCUGUGAAGCAAUAUAAAUGUGUUGUUGAUUAAGUGUGAGGUCAAGGUGGCCGGAUAUUGGACAAGUUUAGCUUGUUUAACUAGGAUGAAGCGUGCUCCAGAAACCACAUCUCUCCUCUUCCUCUGUGUUGAAGAUCUGACUACCACACUGCCAUUUUGAACCUUGCUUAGCUAUCUCACUAUUAACCUGUGGAAUGACAGAGUUUAACACCCCCCUUCUCCAUCCCUUUUUUAACUCUUUGAGAAAAUGAUAGCCACAAGCAAUUGCUGUCAAAACUGCAGAAGAAGAUGUCCUUGUUGAGAAAAGUUACUCAAAAUUUAAAGAAGUCUGUAUUGCUUACCUGUGUAUUUAUAGCAAGACACAUUACCCUUUGCAUAGGUGUUAUUCUAUUUAUCCCAAGUGCUGAUGAAAGGCUUAUCUCGGUAGGAAUCUCUGUAGUUUAUCCCGGUUUCAGUAAAAUGAAGCAAUUAGGGUAUUAUCCACUUAGACUGGAUGUCUGUCCAUAAAAGGGAUACUGACCCUCCCCCCCAUCCCCUUCAGCAUUUGGUCAGGGGUAUGUCCUGGGUCAGGUGUGAGAGAGUCAUGUAUUUUGCCCAACACAGUGACCCAGUUGUGGAUUGAUACUAGGUGAUUUGAUCUGAAGUUUUGAAGCUCACUAUUUGGUUGUAGAGUGUGUUUGGCAAUUUCAAAGAAGCCACUCAAGGGAGUGCUGCUAGAAUAGGGCAGAAUAAUUUCUUGCCAAGUUUUAAAUCAUGUAUAUAUUGUAUAAUUACAUUUUACUGUUUAUUACCUAGCUUUUUACAAAUUCAUAAUUCAGAUUUAUGUAUUUUUAUUUAUUAUUUAUUUUUUAUUUUUAUUUUAUAUCAGGCAAAGAGCCAUACCAUGGAUGUACUGAUAUUAAACCAUUAUUGUUAUUAUUAUUAUUAUUAUUAUUAUUAUUAUUACUUUGUGUCAAUGUGUAUACAGUACUCACUUGUGAAAUUAAGAGAAGAUUAUAUCUUUAGAACAGUAAUAUCAUCUUCAAGAUGAAAUUACCAUAUGUUAGAAAGAAAGGACAGAUAAGCAUGUAUUAUACUAAUUACUAACUUCUGGUUUCAUUUUGUUUAUUUAUAUCAGGUGUUCUUGAUGAACUAGGAGGACCAGACAAUAGGUAAUUUGUUUCCCUCUUACUCUUUCACUGUUCAUUAGUAUAGAAAAAUAAUUUGUUCUGAUUUAAAAUUUACAAGAAUUGCUCCUUAGGUCUGCCAAAGAAACAAACUUAUCAAUGAAAUGAUCAGAAAGGAAUUUGAAAGAGUUCACUGAUUACCAUUCAAAAUGUUUCAUUUUCUUUCCUAGUCUUCGUUCAGUGGUAGACAAGCCUCCCAUUGGUGGAAAGGAGCUCCUUCCUUUAACUGGGCAUUCCUUGUCUGGAUUUCGCUUAAAUCCUGGUCCGGUAAGUAUCGUAUGAUUCAGCUUACAAGCAUUUGCAUGAAAAUGCCAGUUUUUCAGCAGUUUCCCUUUAAAGCCUUUAGUAACUGCUAUUGUUAAUGGGCAACUUAGAGUAGAUUGUUUUCCUGGACACCAUUUUCAGCUCAAAGACAAUAGUGCAACUGUGGUAUUUUCUCAAUGAAAUGCCCCUAUUGUUGAUUUCAAAUUGGCAAGGUAAACUUAAUGUGAGGAUUGUUAUAAUUUUUCUCUGUUUUAAUCAGGUAUUUUUUUGUUACCCUUAAUAUUCCCCCCUUCAUCUAGUAGAAAAAAAUAGUCUCCAAGAAAUAGACUUUUCUUGUGAACAUGUGUAUGUAUGUGUUUAAAAUCAAAAUUUAUCAAAUCAGCAGCAUAUUCUAGCUUUGCUAUUCAAUAGAAUUUAGGUACUUGUGAACUUGAGAAGUUGAUGAAACUUCAGGGCUGCAAUUAAACACCCCUAGAAGCACUUAUAUGAGGUUGGCAUUUAAUUGGUGUCAAGUGUUAGAUGAAGAAAUUACUGACUGUAAUAUCAAUUCAGUUAACUAGUAAUUUCAUAACUGUUAAUAUUGCUGCAGAGAUACAGUAUUGUCACAGUUGCACUGGUUGAAGAGUGAAGUGAAAAACUACAAGUGUAGUUUGUAUCAGAAACUUUGGCUCAGAAUCAUGGAUGUUUCAAAACUUGUCAUGCAGAGAGAUAAUUUAUAUAUAUUCUGCAUAUUCCAGAUUCCAGAACAGUUUCGUUUCAUGAGUCAGCAUCCAGUGAAGAAAAAACACAAACAUAAGAAGCACAAAAGCCAAGAUAAUGAGCGAAAUAAGGAAGGAGGUGAAGCAGUCAGUCAGUCAGGUCAAGAGCAAGAAAAGCUAGCAUCCUCCUCUACUGGUAUGUAGAAUUGUCAGUUUUGUUUUACUCAUAUUCAUGAGUUGUGUAGUCCAUGUAGUAGAUGAAUUGGGGAACAUGUAAAGAGAUAGAUGAUGUAGAGGGGUGUCUAGUGCAAGAGGGUUUCAAAUUUUGGUUCUUGGAUGACUUCAACCAGCUUCAGUCUCAACCUAAGUGUUUCAGUUUCCCCUUUACACCUUUUUUUUUUCUUUUUCAGUAGAUGAUAUUGUACAUGGCUAUGAAAUUUCAGCUGUGAUUUACCACAAUGUAUAUCAUUGCUGGAUCCUUGCUUUCGUAUGUCUUUCUCUGAGAGCGUAUGAUUACCCAUUAACUCUAUAUCCUUGGGCUUCUAACAUCAAUCCACCCACUCAGCCCAGCCCUUGUUCAGCCAUAACCAGAGAAGAUCCUUCAUUCCUGUUCAAUACAGUUGAUGAGAAAGUUUAUUUUUACUUAAAAUAUCACUGGUGGAUGAGCUGGCAGCAGAUUUGCAAGCUCUCUUAUUUUUUCUCUCUAUAAUGUCUCUCUUGUGAUAAAAAAGCACCUGUUAUCAAUUUGUUUGAGUAAUAUAAGGAAGACAGGGAGGGACAAGAAAAAAAACUUACAUCAAUUUAAAGUUACCAUGCCAAUUUGUUGUGGAAUGUUUGUUCAUAGAUAAACCUGAGGGUGCACAUGACUCCAAAAAACACAAGAAACAGGUUUGUGAAGAUGACUAGAUUAAGAAAACCUUGAUUUUGAGCUAUUGUAAUUCAUGGUUUAUUUACUAUUUGUAUUCAUAAGAUUAUCAUAGUGUGUACAGGGCAUGAAAUUAAUUUUUUUUUCUGAUAGCCACUUGGCUCCUAAAUUCAUCAAAGUGGUCACCAAUUCAAAAAAAGUUGGUCGCCAUUUUGAAAGGCAAACAAAACCUUUUUUUACGCUGUCAUUGUUCUAGAAAUUAAGUUAGGGAAAAGAUCUUUAACGUGCUACAAAGGGGACACUAGGAUGGAUGAUAUACAAUGUUUAAGUUCACCUAAAUCCAAGAUGGUGUCUAGUUAUCGAUUGAGAUGCAUCUGCUGCGUUUUGGAAACAAACUUAACGAGGAAGUUUGCCGCGGAUUUGUCUUUGCAAAUCUUUUUAAUUCACUAUAUCUCUAGGUAAGGUUAUGAUGAAACAUUCUAGUCGCCAAUUUGGCGACUAAUUUUCGGGAUUUGGUCGCCAAAGUGAAAAAUUUAGUCGCAUUGGCGCCUGUAUUAGGUACAAUUUCAUGCCCUGGUGUAUGUCCUGAUGUUAUUUUGAAGAUAUGGAAAAAAAAAUGUUGUGCAUUCCUUAUACAACAUGCCUUAUCUGUUGUGUUUGUUUUCCUAUUAGAAAAAGCAUGAUGAUGGUGAACGGAAAAAGAAAAAGAAGGAAAAGAAAAAGAAAAAGGUAUCUCUCUAUUUCACAUUCAGUGUGGUCCAUGAUAAGAAAUGUGUUGGGGAGAAUGCAUCACUGUCUGAUAAAUCCCAUCUCUUUUAAAUGGUAGCAUUUAUCAUGAUGGCAUCAUGGUCUGCCUAUUAUGUCAUUUGUUUGUGCAUUUUUACCUUUAGAGACAUUUCAGCAAACUUGCUUUGUACUCAAAGUUGAAAAAGCUUGUUGUGCUAUAAAUAAUCUGUGAAAUAUUAACCACAUUGUAGAAAAAUUUAUGCACUGCAUUGAAAAAAUUGGAAUUAUUGUGUUGUGAUUUUUUUAAAAUAAUAAUGUCUUCAGGUUUGCUGUUUUUGUAACAAAAUUAAUGAUGAAAUAUUAUGGAGAAAAAAAAAUUUGUAACAACCAUAUAGCAAUUUAUUGAAUAAUUAUAAAAGGAAGCUUCAAAGCUGUAACAAUCCGAAGGAUGGCAUUUGCACCUUACCCUGUUAAGUGGUCUCAUUUCAUGUGCAUGUCCGGUCUUGGUUGUAAUAAUUUGUUGUUCUUUACAACAACAAGUGAAAGUUUUGUAAGAUUUUCAGUGAUUUUGUUGCUUCUUUCAUCAUAAUUUCAGAGGCACACACCUGAUGCUACUCCUCCUGGGGGAGGACUGGACCCAAGUUGAAGACUGAAAUGUAGAGACUAUUUCUAUAGAAAAUAAUGACAAAAAUAAUGACUAUUUUAAAAAUAUUUACAAGUACGCCUAACUUAAGUUAUGCCACCUUUAGGAUAAAGAAAGACGUAUAUUUAGAAAUACUAGGUUGUUUUUCAGCAACAUUGUACAAAGUUGGUCAUUGAUAACUGGCUCCAAACAGGAGCUGAAUUUAGGGAGUUGUCUGUAAGAAAACAGGAAGAAAUCUUUUUUCAUGUCUGUUCUUGUCAUUUCAUAUACUCGGUAACAACAUUGUCAGUGUGCAGGUUACUUUAACCCUUUCACUCCCAAAAUCUCAUUGGUUGUGCUCCUUUUUGGGCAUACAAUUAUAAUGUUUGCGUAGAGAAUUUGGUGUUGGAUCAACUACUGGUCCUCUGAUGGAUAUUUUUUCUUUAUUCUCAUCAGUUGUCUGUAUAGUAUUGUUUUGCUAUUGUAAGGGAAAUUUUCUCCUCGUCACUCAUGGGAGUUAGAGGGUUAAGUGAUAGGCAAUGGUUGUAAGUUAUGUCUUGUCUCCCACCAUUAGAAAGCCAUCAUUUCAUCUGAGUUGUGGUAGGUUAGGAUCUUAAAAGCAAUGUGUAUAGAAAUAGUUUUGGAGAUGAGACCUACCUUAAUCCAGUUUUAAGAGGUAGUGCAAGCUAAAAGAAUCUCCUUCCACACACUCUCGUAUGAUUUGUAAGUAUUUGCACUAUGAUGGUGCUUUGUAAUGGAAUACUUUAAGAAGCAUAAACAAGCAGCUUCUCUGCCAAAAAAAACCCAUCCACUGUCAGUUCUUGACUUGGAAUAUUACUCAUCUCUUAUCAAUCAUGUCAUACUUUUACAUCAGA